AUGGCACAAAGACCAAAUUUCAAAGAAUUACCCAUCAAGCCCUCCGGUAUCAUCUGGGAAGACGACUUUGUCGACGCAGAGCACGAGCAACGCCUUCUAUCGCUCUUCACCAAAGAACUAGAAUGGCCCGAUCGCCCAGGACGCAUAUCCCUGCACUACGGCUACACCUUCGACUACAAAACAUUCGACAUCGACCCAGAGAUUCCAUACAAGGAAUUUCCCGAAUGGCUCCAACCUCUUAUCCCUCCCACCGAAACCCGACCCCCAGACCAGGUUUGUCUGCAGUAUUACCCGCCCGGCGCGGGGAUUCCACCGCAUGUAGACGCGCAUGCGCCCUAUGACCAGCUCUAUGCGCUGUCUCUCGGGGCUCCGGCCAUGAUGCAGUUCCGCCGCGGCGAGGAACGCGUCGAGGUUGACUUGAUGCCGCGGAGUAUGAUGCAGAUGACGGGUGAUUCCCGGCUGCAUUGGACGCAUGGAAUUAAGAAGCGGAAGAAUGAUACGCUUCCGGAUGGGACGAUUCGGCCUCGUGCUGAUCGGUGGAGUAUUACGUAUCGCUGGCUUCGUGGGGGGAGUCGGCGGAAUGGGGUUGAGAAGGAGAAGAGAUCUGUUAAGGCGCUUGCUGAAAAAGCGAUUGGUGAGAGUCAAGGUGCUUGA